CGUCGCAUCCCUUCCCCUUCCUUCGAGCUACCAAGCCUUCAAACUUACAUCUCUCCCUUGGCAUUUUUUUCCCUCUUCGGCUCAUGAGCAUGUCUCGGCGCAUUCGAGAAAGCAGCACCUCGCCCACAUUGCGCUGCAAGCCUGCAACAGCUAACAAUGAUCAUGGCCAAGUCAGGACAGAUUUCGCCUUGACGCCUCAGCUAGUGGAGUCGCUCAUCCCACCUCAUGCCACACGUCCAAUGCCGCGGCAGAAAUCCCCAUCUCGUGACCAGGAAAGCUGGGGUGGAGGAGUAAAAGGGAAGUCGCCCCUUUGUGCAAAGCCACAUCGAUUCCCAAGAAAAUCGUCAAUUGAGCCACCCUUGGGACCUUGAGAAGGGGAAUGCCUUCGUGCCAUGGGCCCGGCGGGGAGGAUCCUCAAAUCGCUCAACAUGCGACGUGACGUACGUGUUCACCUCCUCUCCUCUCAAACAACCGCGUCCGGCCCACGAUCCAUCAUCCCAAGCCUCUAGGGGGCACCAUGGUCCAUGGGCACUUCCAGUUCCAGAACGCUUGAACACGCCGAAAAGUGGGGGUCACAGAACCAACGUGACAUGCCAGAGUCAAGAGAGAAGAAAACCCACAAUCCACAUCCCGGGACCGCCCGGCGUCGAAUCUCGGCCGUGGCCAUUUUUGCCAUUUGGCUUCUGACGCUGCUGCUCAGCCUGCCAGCCUGCAGCUGGCCUCUUCUACGGAGUACGGGCAGGCAGCGGGCAGAUGCGGAUAAUUCUAUCUUUAUUUUCCCUCGUUAUGUCGAGCCUUCCAUUGACCUCACCUCAACUGUCUUGGGGUCUUUCCGUCAGUUCUCGAUUCUGGAAGGGGUAGCCCGGUCCUCCCCACCCUUCCGUGGUAAGAUCCGAAUAAACCCCGGCCGGGAUCCGCAGCACGCCACGCGGACUCCCGCUCCGUCCGUCCCAUCCUACGGAUACACUCUAAACUUUCAACGACCAAGACAAACAGCAGAUCAUCUGAAUUUUGAUGCAAGGCAUUUAUUCCCGCCUUUUCUGCGCGGCUUCUGUGCAAAGAUGGCAUGAUUUGUACUUCCGCUUUGAAGUCAUGUGGAAGGCGAUUGAGUCAAACAGACUCGAUGUCGUUUGCGCAUAGUUUAUGCGUACCGAGGAUACUGUCUGCAAGUACCUUACCUUGAGAGGCACAGAGGAGUUCUCGUAGACUGGAAUAACUGAGCCUCCCUUCCGCUCGAGACAACAGCCAAAAACGGAAGGGAAAGUGAAAGUAGAGCUGGCAAUUGCAGUCCAGAACAGGAACAGAAUGAUGUGGAUGGCAUCCCUAAACUGCUCUACAAUGCUUACCUACUUUCUCAACUGCAUCGUCCCAAUCUAAGCUACAAGUACCUCUCACGAAGGAGAGAAGGAGGUAUGUGAGAUAGAACCAUAUGCCCCCCCCCCUUUUUCUCCUCGCCCUGCCUCGUCAGACUCAUUUGGCCUUCCACAUCAUAGCUAAGAAGAAGCAAACCCGCAUUUCAGAGGCCUAGAAACUUCGCGGCUCCCCCCUCGAUGAGGGCAUGGCACGUAUCAUUGGAUGCAUAAGGGAACAUGUACCUUACUACACAUAUAGAUAGACAAGUCGCCGAAUGGCGGGCGCAUACAUGCACCUACCGGCCGCCUAGACCGUUCUGACCAGAACCUCCGAGACAUCAUCCACUUUCCGACUCCUCGGCUCCGGGAAGUUCCCCUCCGCCCCUGCUCUCGCUACACCCUCCGGCAAACCCCACCGGCAAACCCCACCGGCAAACUUCGGCGCGCUCCGGUGCCAUGCCCUAUCAACCUCAACCUCAACUUCUCAACCUCUACCCAAGUUUGAGGUUUCGUAAUUUGGGGGACCACAGCCGUACGCCCAACAUAAAUGGCUCUCCCAUCACCUCCCAUAGUCACGCUGGGUAAAAGCUUCAAAUAGUUUGAUUCCAAAAAAUAACGAACUGGAAAGCGUUUUGUUUUUAUUUCUUUUUGGAGAUCGUCUUAUUCUUGCCAUUCAUACCAUGAAAGUCUUUGUCGUUAAAAGUUGUCGUUAUCAUCAUCAUGAGCGUCGCAGAAGCGGCGCAUAUAAAAAGAAAAAGGCAUAGGAUCAUGGAAUCCAUCCUCUCCCCCUCUCUGGCCUAUUCUGUCCCCC